AUGGGUGGAGGACAAUAUCCUAGAUUCACUUUAUUAGGACAAAGCUUUGGUUCAAUAGUUCUUAGUUUUGAGGCUUUAGAAAAACUAACGCCAAAUUUUUAUUUUGAUACCAUGGGAUACGCAUUUACAUAUCCUAUUGCGAAAAAAAUCUUUGGAUGCAAGGUUGGAGCAUAUGUGCAUUAUCCAACUAUAAGUUCAGAUAUGCUCGAUAAGGUUCAAGAAAUGAGACCCGGAUUUAAUAAUGAUCAAGAAAUUGCCAGAAGUCGAGUAUUCAGUACUGGCAAGAUAUUAUACUAUCGAAUGUUUGCUUAUCUUUACUCGUUAGCAGGAACCUUUUCUGAUUUAGUUAUGGUGAAUUCAACAUGGACAAAAGGACAUAUAGAUCAGUUAUGGGGAGUAAAUAGCAAAAUAAUUUAUCCUCCAUGUGAUACUGCUUCAUUAACCAAAUUGCCCUUAGAAGGAAGGCAAAGGAUCAUAGUCAGUGUAGCUCAAUUCAGACCAGAAAAAGAUCAUUCUCUUCAACUUCAAUCUUUCCAUGGUUUAUUAUCAAAUUAUCCAAAUUUUCGGCGAGGGCCGGAAAAAAUUGAACUUGUAUUGAUAGGUAGUUCUCGUAAUCAAGGGGAUGAAUCUAGAAUAAGAAUAUUGAAAGAGCAAUGUAAAGAACUUGAUUUAGAGGAUAAUGUAACUUUUGAAAUCAACGCAAGUUUUGAAAAACUAGUUUAUUGGCUUUCAAAAGCUAAAGUUGGAUUACACACAAUGUGGAAUGAACAUUUCGGAAUUGGUGUUGUAGAAUAUAUGGCUGCAGGAUUAGUUCCCGUAGUUCAUAAUUCCGGUGGACCAAAAAUGGAUAUUGUUGUACCAUAUAAUGAUCAUAUAACAGGCUAUCUUGCAAGUACUGCAGAAGAAUUUGCAAUAAAACUUGCAAAUGUAUUUUCAUUAUCGGAAAAAGAAUUUAAAAAUAUACAAACUAAUGCUAGAGAAAAUGUAAUUGGUAAAUUUUCUGAAAGUGUAUUUCAAGAAUUAAUAUUAAAUUUAUUGGAUCCCAUUUUACAAUCAAAUAAAUAA